ACUAUUAUCUGUGACAAUGUCAGAGAACCAGGAAAUUUGGGAACUAUUGUAAGAGCUGCUGCCGCAGUUGGUUGCGAAAAGUUAUUAUUGAUGAAAGGCUGUGUGGAUCUAUGGGAACCCAAAGUUUUGCGCAGUGCUAUAGGUGCACAUUUUCGCCUGCCAAUAUUUACAUCUCUUUCAUGGGAUGAAAUUCCGACGUUGAUAAGUAAUGAGUCUGCAAUUUUUCUAGCGGACAACAAUGUAGCGUAUGAAAAUGAUUUAAGAGAUUGUACGGAUAAUUCAGAAUCAAGCCCUGACAUUGAAUUCGAUGAUGAUUGUAUCAAACAAGAUAAUCUAGAUCCGAGUAACGAUCAAAUUAUUGAAGAUAAUACGAUAAACCAAUUAAUAAGUCAAACUAAAGCAUAUAAAUCAACUGCAAAAACUAAAUUGCUAGUAAAAAAGAUAAUAUCUCAACUUCCAGUUAAACCCUAUUUUGAAUUAAAUUUUACAGAAAGAGAAAUGGUACUUGUUAUUGGUGGGGAAACUGAAGGUGUGAGUCUCGAAUCAUGUAAACUAUUGCGCGCAAGAAAUUGCACUCGUGUUAAUAUACCAUUGACUAAUGGCAUUGACAGCUUAAAUGUUGGCGUAGCUGUUGGUAUUGUUACAUUUGAAAUGAAAAGACAGUUUGUAACUCGUAAAAUUGAUGAUGAAUAAAUUUUUUCUUAAAUGUGUAUAAAUAA